UCGAAAUGUCAUUUUGUACCGAUGAAAGGAAUGCUGAACCUCCACCUCGAUUCCCUUCAUAUUCUCAUAGAAGCAUUGCAGACCCAUCGACCAUGGCUGCAGUGCUUUAGCUGAGUCCUUUGGUCUAGCCACCCCAAGUUUCAUAGCUCCCGCUAAUCAAAACGAACCCAAAUCCAUAGCCAAGGACACAUCCCCAACUGGGUCACUCAAAAACUGUAAAACCAUAAACCAAGUGAAGCAACUUCACUGUCACAUCACUAAGAAAGGCCUCAGCCAGAGACCCUCUAAUGUCACCAAGCUUAUUAGCACAUGCGCCAAAACGGGCACCUUCGAAAGCUUAGACUAUGCCCGAAAGAAGAAGAAGAAGAAGAAGAAGAAGAAGAAGAAGAAGAAACAAAGGGUGUAUUGUUCAUGUACAAUUCUCUGAUAAAAUGGUUACUCUGGUCCUGGGCUUAGUUACGAGGCUAUUGGGCUUUAUGUUCAGAUAUUGCAUUGAGCGCGUGCUUGAAGAUUGUGGCUUUCUAUGAAGGGGUUCAGCUCCAUUAUGGGUUCGGAGGAAGAUGUGUUUAUUGGGAAUUCUUUGAUUCAUUUCUAUGCAGAAUGUGGGGACUUGGAUUAUGCCCGGAAGUUGUUUGAUGAAAUGCUUGAGAGAAACACUGUGUCGUGGACUAGUUUGAUUUGUGGUUAUGAUAGCAGGAAUAUGCGAAAGGAGGCUGUUUCUUUGUUUUUCGAGAUGGUGGCUACUGGGAUCAAACCCAAUUCGGUGACCAUGGUGUGUGUCAUUUCCGCUUGCGCAAAGUUGAAGGAUGUUGCUUUGAGUGAGAGGGCGUGUGUUUACAUGAUUACAACCCUAGUACCAAAAAUCCAAAAUAAGAUAAAAUUCGUAUGAAUGCUUAGUAAUUUCCAUUUCUCAUCUGUUUGAAAAACUGUGAUUGCAUGUCUUUUCCAUUGCAGUGGUCUAGUGGGGUGGUUGAUCAAGAGUUUGCAGCAGACGUAGCCAUAGCCAAGUGGCAUUUCAUACCUCACCUUCAAAACCGAACAGUUUCAGAGCAGCCAAAGUUUGUGUUUCCUAUACCUUGUUUUACUCCUACACUCUCCAUCUGACCAAAGCUAAGCUCUACGGAAACAAAUGGGUUUGGGAAGCGAGGUGAAAACGUCGUCGUUCAUGAGCGAUUUUCUGGAGAAGUGCGGUGGCUGUGCCCUUCUGGACGGCAGGUUUGCGACGGAGCUGGAACGGCAUGGAGCUGAUCUCAACGAUCCUCUCAGGAGCGCCAAAUGCCUCGUCAGUUCUCCUCCCCUCGUCCGAAGGGUACAUUUGGACUACCUUGAUGCUGGAGCAAACAUCAUAAUAACCGCAUCUUAUCACGCCACAAUUCAGGGUUUUGAGGCCAAAGGUUUCUCUAAAGAAGAAGCCAAAGCCCUGCUCAGGAAAAGUGUAGAAAUUGCAAUUGAGGCACGAGAAAUUUACUUUGACAAAUGCACCAAAGGUUCUUGGGAUUUUGUGGAUGCAGGAAAGCCUUCAAGACAUCCAGUUCUAGUUGCAGCAUCUGCCAACAGUUUCCACUCUGCCUCUGGCUAAGUACCUUCCUUAAAUGUGAUGGUGCAGGCAUAUGCUGAACUUCUUGAGGAAGAAGCAAUAGAUAUUCCAGCAUGGUUUACUUUUGCUUCUAAAGAUGGAAUUGAUGUGGUGAGUGGUGAUUCCAUCUUUGAGUGUGCCUCUAUUGCUAAUGCAUGCAAGCAAGUUGUUGCUGUUGGAAUCAACUGCACACCACCUAGAUUUAUCCAGGGGUUGAAUUCAUCUAUUCGAAAGGUAACAAGCAAACCAAUAGUGAUAUACCCCAACAGUGGUGAGACCUAUGAUGGUCAGAGCAAGCAAUGGAUUCCAUCGAGUGGGCGGGUUGAUGAAGAGUUUGCAGAAAUAGUCAUAGAGAAGUGGCGUGAGGCAGGGGCUUCCCUGUUUGGAGGCUGCUGCAGAACAACUCCAAAUACCAUAAGGGCAAUAUCUAAGGCUCUUUCCAACAAGUCUUCUGCGGUUAACGAUGCUUAGUGUAGUUCAGAAAAUGAGAUGUAAAUAUUUGUAAUCUGAUGCUAAGAAUAACUCGUCAUUUCCUUGUUUUGUAACUCCAAGGAAGUAGCAAAUUACUGUCACCAUGGUGCUGCUGCUGUAUGAUGACUGGUGAGGUCGUUUCACAUCAAAUAACAGUGUUUUUGCUACCUUUCGAAGUUA